GAGCUGCGCCGCGGAGUGUUGUUAUGGUUUGGUUUGUCAGAGCAGAUUCUUUCAGCCAAGCAACAACGGAGGAUUGCACUUUUGGAGUUUAAAAGGAGCUGCAGAACCGAACAAAGAGCUGCCCUCUUCUGGACAGUAAGCCGCUGCUGCCUCCAGGAUGGGCCAGCAGAUCUCAGGUCAGCUGGUGAAACAUGCUGGACUGGUCCGGGAAAGUGGUAACCUAUCUUACGAGGAGUUCCUGGCUAGAGUGGCAGAACUUAAUGACGUGACGGCCAAGUUAGCUGCUGGGCAGCAGAAUCACCUUCUGUUUGAAGUUCAGCCCAGCUCGGACGCCUCGGCCCUCUGGAAGGUUGCCGUCCGGAUCCUCUGCACCAAGAUAAACAAGGAGAACGGCACCGUGGAGGCGUCACGCAUCAUGAACCUGUACCAGUUCAUCCAGCUUUACCGUGACAUCACUAGUCAGGCUGCCGAGGUGCUGUCUGCAGAAGGAGCCAUCGAAGGUCCGUCUGAGCCGCUUCCCUCCACCGACUCCUGCCAGGCCAGCAUGUGGAUGGGGAGGGUGAAGCAGCUGACCGAUCAGGAGGAGUGCUGCAUCUGUAUGGACGGAAAGGCCGACCUCAUCCUGCCCUGUGCUCACAGCUUCUGUCAGAAAUGCAUCGAUAAAUGGAGCGGGCAAAGCCGGAACUGCCCGAUAUGCCGCCUGCAGGUGACGGCUGCCAACGACUCCUGGGUGAUGUCCGACUUCCCCUCUGAGGAUGAAGUAGUUGGAUACAUCCUGAACCUGGCCGAUGAGGCGGGUCACCCCCACAGGCCGUAACACACUGUGCUCUGAGCCAACAAAGUUUCAUUUCUGAAGUUUAUUUUUUUAAUAAAAUUCUUAUUUUCAGAACAUGUUCUUUGGUUGCAACAAUAAUGGAACACAAAUCCCUCCAUAUUUCUAGAGAUACGUCAGACAAAGGUAUUUCUGUUCUCUGCAGUUGAUGCACUUCAGAAUUGGGGAGUCUAAAAACAGCAUGAAAAUUCCAAAAUCUGAGGGAAAACUACUGAAAAGAAGUAAAAUGAUCUGCCUAUGCAGCAAUAUGAUUUCCUUAGACAAGAUUUAUGCUAUUAAUCUCACAGUGCGAAGAUGGACACUUAGAAUAAUCUAUUAGCUCAUUAGAGCCAGUAAGUUAUCACACACUUUAAAAUCUAUUUUUGUAAUAUUAAGAGCAGAGAAAUUGUUGCGCGUUAACCCAAAAAGAAUGGCAUUCCUGCAAACUUCAAACAAGUACUGUGUUAUGUUGGCUCAAUCAGAAAUGUAGAGCAAACAGCUUUAAUAGUUUGGAGGAACGUUGGGUUUUUGCAGCACAUUAUGAAACAAAACAAUGAAAUAAACUUUCACUGCUCUUUAUGACAGCUGAAAAAACUUAUGUAAAAAUCUAAAAAGGUGGGAAAUUAAUGAAUAUAUAUACA